CAAAAGCAAAACAAAAACAUUAUCACGUUCUUGCCAGACUGGUGGUGUAAUCAAUUUCGUGUGCUCAAUUUGUGCAAAAUUCUAUAGUAAAAAUGCGAUUAACCGUGAUAAAUUUCUUCAAGAAGAGCGUAAACGGUCACAUCUUUCGCGGAAAGUACCGACUGGUCAAACGUGUAACUCCGCGCUCGGUGGAAACCUUACGGCGCGAGUACGAGCAAACCGAGCGUAACAUGGCCCUGCUGAUGAAGCCGUAUCUUACGUUGGAACAAUCAUCAGGCCACGCCAAGGAACUGAAUAAGAAGGAACAAACGAUCAAUAAGUGGCGAGAACAGCAGCUCAAGAUGAAACCCCACGUGACGAUUUCCGAGCGGUUGGAGCAUCUGAAUGUAAAGAACGUUUGGGAUUAGGACGGUUCUUUCUCACUAGUGUAUACUCACAGGUUAGUUUCCAUGUUUCUGUUUAUUGCACAUCCAGGUGAAAAACAUUUACUAGGGAUUUCGUAUGUACAUAACAAAUAAAUACAAAUUCAACGUAA